AGGAGAUCACCCUUCAUUUGUGAUCAGACGAAGUUGCGGUCCGUGGAUGUGCCAAAACAAGCAGCGUUUUGCGGUGUUCUCAGGUUUAUUUCGGCAGGCAACGUUAGGUUUACAGUUGAGAGGUUGGCGAAUUCGAUUAGGCGAAUAAGGACUGGUUUAUCGGCUGGUAUCGUUUUUUUAUUUAGUUUAGACUUCGGAGUCACCCGUCAGUAUGUUUCUUUAAUUCAGCAUGGAGCAACUAUAAGCAUCGGCAUGCAUAGUGCAAGGCAAAACGUUAACCUUUCCAUCUUUACAACUGCUAAGCAGUUGGGCUCUAAUACCGUCCGCGGUAUUGCGGUGAGCCAACCAAUACCUCUCCUUCUCGAUCGAAGGAAACAAAUACUGGCAAGUUAACCUGUCUGUUACGCUUCUUCUGUUAAGUAUUUUCGCUGAACCCCGUCACCUCGCUAAAAGCCAGAUAAUCCAUAAUGAAGCCUCAAGACAUCUUAUUGGGAAAGAACAGCCUGUGGAUAUUCGGAUAUGGCUCGUUAGUAUGGAAGCCAGACUUCAAGUACAAGAAAAGCAAGGUCGGGUACAUUACGGGCUACAAAAGACGUUUCUGGCACGGGGACAACUUCCAUCGUGGAGACGAUACAAUGCCCGGAAGAGUUGUGACGCUCCUUGAAGAUGAUGACGCGUGCACAUGGGGCGUGGCCUUUGAGGUUAUCGGCGCCCAAAUGGAGGAGUGCCUGAAGUACCUGAACAUGAGGGAGUCCGUACGGGGCGGCUAUAUUACCAAGGUGGUGGAAUUUUUCCCCCGGGACCAAAAUCUGCCACCCGUCCCAGCCCUGGUUUACAUAGCCACCCCCGACAAUCCCAUCUACCUCGGACCAGCUAGUCCAGAGGAAAUUGCAGCCCAGAUAAUUGUUUGCAAAGGAAAAUCGGGGCAGAACAUUGAAUACCUGAGUCGCCUGGCCGAGUUCAUGAAGACCACCUGUCCAGACGUAGAGGACACCCAUCUGUUCUCUAUCGAAACGGCUGCUGUGACCCUCCUAAAUAUUCUUCAACCCCCCAAAGCCUGCAGCUCUGUAAGCUUAAAUGUGGUGGUGGUUUAAAACAGUUCUGUGUAGUAUGUGAUGCGACUUGAUGCUUGUGUAUCCUCUGUGUGCAUAUCCAUCCGAGAUCUGAAAGGCCAUAUUAUUUUCUGUAUGUAUUUAAUGAGGAUUGUACGUAUAAUGACAUUACUCCAGUUAUGUUGUGAAGCUGGUUCAGGAACGGUUUCACUUGUUCAAAACUCAGCCUUUUAAAUUUAUUUAAAAGAAAAUUCCUGCCCGUUAAACAUUUCUGUGGACGGAGAAAAUAAAAUUAAAAAAAUACGUUCUUGUUU